UUGACGGGAUUUCCCUUCAAGAUUACCGUGACGUCAGGAAUUAGGCCGGGGAAGGCUUACAGAGAGGUGAUCCAUGCAGCGUGAACCAAUUAAAACAAGUGCUGACAAUCUUACUAUAAAUGGUAACAAACAAGAAUGGCUAACUUUGAUCCGUCCGCAAGUCUCCAGUCAACUUCGACUGAAACAGAAAAACAACACGUCUGCAGAUGUACACACUGCUGUGACAGUGAUUUCGUUACAGAAGAAGACGACCUAAAAUAUUCCCCAACCAGAUUACCUGUUCCGUGCCGACAAAGUCCAGUAUCCGAUGCCUUUUCACCGGAAACUCGCUUUAUUGAAAAGCCGAUAGCAUCUGACGAUCACCUAUCAAAUGAGAAGCAAAUGGCAAGACGCUAUGAUAACGAACAUCUUCCAGCAACAAACCUUUAUCUUUCAGUCAUACCCGAGCAACAUGAGCACAGCCAGGCUCAAUAUUCGUCCAAUCAUGAUCGAUCUGUGCCGUAUCAUCCGUCGGGAGGUCCACCACCACAUGUAUCUAUUUCCAACACAGGAGACGCAUUACAACCCCUGGUAUCAACAAACACUGUGAAAAGAAAACAGAGGCAAAAGAGAAAAGCAGUCGCCUCCUUUAUUUUUCUACUUGGUCUCUUAUAUCUGGUCGCUCAAAGCGUAAACAAUUUAUUGUAUAGACAUCAAUGUCGAUCACACAAUAUUUGGAAUUAUCAAGAACCAGACGAAUCUCUGCUUGAAUCGACAUUAUGUUUCCCAUGUUCUUUAGUGCGUCAAGAGUUAAUGAAUUGCUUCCUGAAACAAAAAACAAGUUACUCAGACUUACAUAUUGUCAAGACUAUUGACAACAAAUUCCACUGCUGCCUGGAACGAUUUGGGCACGUCAAAUGGAUGGUUAACCUGAUGAAAACUGCCAAAUUCGUUGGAAAGGACAACACUACUAGUGAUAAACAUGUCAACAAAUGCCUCUCUCACCUUCCCAUCCGUGCAGAUUCCUCAGAAAGUGCGAAUGGAUCCCAUUUAAAACACGACAGAACAAAUAUUAUGUGUGAUAAGGUAAACGUUACACAACACUCCCUAAUAGCUGCAGAGGAAGGACUCUAUAUCAUAUAUAUAACAGUAACAAUGCACAUAGCACCACCCAAUACAGCGACAGAAAGCAAUCAGCAGGCUGUCAAGGCCCAUCUUCACAGUACUAACUAUUCCAAUACCAAAUGUAUUUGGAUGGAAACAUUGACAAAGGACAACGGUUAUAAACCAUUCGAAAUUUUCUUCAGUUCGAGUUUUUAUGUGAUUACGAAUCUAGCCGAGGGAGAGCAAAUUUUCUCUGUUUUCUCCCAUCCAUCAUAUAUAUAUGAUACGAAAGGUGCGAAUCAGAUAGGUGUUAUCAAAAUUUGAAUUGUCAAAACAUUCAAUUUAAGCCAAGGAAAUAUUACUUCCAAACCUAAACCUGAAUGUAUGGGAGGAGUUACAUGAAUAUUAAUAUACAGCAUUAAUAUACAUUAAGUUACCUGUUACGUUUUCCUUACAUUGUAACAUUUGAAAUAAGUUGUGAGACAUUUGCUUUGCUAUUUUGAUUGAAAUUGAACCCUCAAAACAAGACGUCAUUAAUGAUGGUGGUUGUUUUUAUUAAAUUAUUAUGA